CUUCCCAGACCGGCCGCCCGGAGCCGGGAGGGGUGGGGUCGGGCCUCUUCCCCUUUGGGUCCUGCCCGGGUGCCCCGAGGAGCUGGGAUGGAGGCGAGGCGGCUGCUCCGGGUGGGACAGUCUAUGAAGUCUUAGGACAGUACUGAUGGAAGGCCCUUUGCAAACCUCCAUUCAUGUGUGCCAUGAAAAUGCUCAGUGGAUGUCAAAAUUACCAGAAAAGCUUUGGGAUACUCCCCUCUUUAACUUAUCUCUUCCAGGUAGUCAUGACACUAUGACCUACUGCUUGGAUAAGAACUCUGCUGUUAGUGGCAAUGAAUCCAAGCUGGUGAAGUUUUUAAAUAAAUGUAUGCCCUGCAUUGUACACCCUAUUAUUAUGAAGUGGUCCAUAACACAGGUGCUAACUGUGACGGAGCAACUUGAGGCCGGAGUUAGAUAUUUGGAUUUUAGGAUUGCCCACAAGGCUGGCGAUCCAUCUAUGAAUCUGUACUUCGUGCAUAUGGUAUACACAACAGUUACUGUACAGGAUAUUCUGUGGGAAGUAUUAAAGUGGUUGGAAACUCAUCCUCAGGAAGUUGUUAUCUUGGCCUGCAGGAAUUUUGAUGGAUUAACCAAGAAACUUCACUGUCAUCUUAUUAGGUGUAUAAAACACAUUUUCCAGUGUAAAUUGUGUCCAAGAAAUGUGGUUCCGACUCUGCGGACCAUGUGGCAGCAUGGCUACCAGGUUAUAGUCUCGUAUGAAGAAGAUCUGGAAGUGCUGAAGCACUGUGAGCUGUGGCCUGCAAUCCCAUACUGGUGGGGAAACAAAACUACCACUCGUGCUCUCAUCCAGUUUCUAGAAGCCAUGAAGCGGAUGGGCCGUCCAGAAACAUUCUUCGUUGCGGGGAUUAACCUCACCGAAAAUUUAAGGUACAUUCUUGUACACCCAUUUGGAUCACUGAAGACAAUGACACUCCGGAGUCUUCCAUGCUUGAAAAUCUGGGUGAGGAAGCAGUAUCCAGGACCACAAAAAGAAUGUAUUAACAUCAUUGCUGGAGACUUCAUAGGAAACGACGAUUUUGUCAGAGAUGUGAUAGAACUUAACGCCAAAAUUAAUCCUCAGUUACACUGUCCCAGCAAAGGGUCUGGAACAAAGAGCAUUUCAUUUGCAGCUCUUUAAAAAAUCUUUGAAAAGCUGAAAGGACUUUGUGUGCAUUUAAUAUUUCCUGGUUUAAACAUCCCGGACUACACAAAGAUCUGGUUAACUUAAACCAGGGAUUUUUAAAAGCUCAUUAAGAAAAACUCUCUCAAAAUCAUCAGGCUUUCAAAGUCUUUUCUUGAAAAAGGAGAGCAGGAAGGUCUUGUUGAAGUCAUUAUAGAAAUGUGGAAUAGGCAUAAUUUACUUGGGAGGUGCUUAGAUCCUGUAGCAGCUGAAAAUAUUGAAAGUCUCAAGAACUAUUUAAUAUAUGAGCAAGAAGUAGAAAUGUCACUAACUGCACAAAUAAUUCUGUGAUUUUAUUUUCUUUCUGCACAUACUUGCAACCCCAAUUCUCAGUAUUUUAUCAGUGUGAAACUAACUUGCUGUUUUCAUGGUUUGUAUUGAAUAUACAAGUGAGCAAUUGAAAAAAAAUGUUUUAACCUAUCAAAGAUACUGAUAUUCUUACUUGCCACAAUCUUUAUAUGUAUAUCAAUCUGGAGAUCUAGUAUUAGCUGUAUUAUGUGCUGAAUAUCAGUUGUGAACCAUUUCACCAGCAUGGUAGUCACAACAUUCCUACUAUUUUUAAGAGAUGUGUAACAGAACACUUUGUUCUUGUUAUCAUCGAUGCCAGUUCUGCCACAGCCAGACCCAUGGACAGUUUUGUCUGCUGCAGUGAAAUGUUUUUAUAUUAGGAGCUGCAAAAACACCUCUUACAUUAGAAAUUAGUUUCAUAUGUGUCUGCUUUCUGUCUGAACUCAGACUGCUCUAAAAAUACAGAUCAUUGGAUCGUCAUGCUUAUGUGAGGUUUCACGACUGAUGUUCCUUUAUUUACAUAUUUUUGUAGUACUAUAGUUUUUUCCUCUUGAUAAGUAUUCCUUACUUGCUUAAACACUGUUUUAUGUAAAUUAAUUCUAUUUUUCUAAUUUUUAAAUGAACUGUGCAAUAACAGAUGAUCGUGAAGGUAAGAGAAAGGACAAAGAUCAGGGCUAAAACAAAA